UGUGUCUCAACGACUACCAAUAUCAAGACCAUAAUCAACCUAAACUGUUAGUCAACAUUCACAUCCGGAAUUGAUAACUUCCCAAAAUAGAUUCCCACUGUGGAGCCAAAGAGAAGUUCUAAUUUCCUGAGUGUAUUUGCCUAUUGCUGGAACACGGACCGGACAGCUGUAGGAUUGUGUCAGUACUCCGGGCUAUUUUCUAUUUCCCCACCUACAACCCAUGUCGAGUGGCCGGUCCGUCCUGGAGGGCACGGGAGGAGCUAUGAACGGCACCCUGCGCUCGGUUCGGAAGGGCAUCUCAUGUCGGUUCCAGGACCCAAACUGCACGCGCAUCGUGGAGACGCUUUCCUCCUGGAAUGACACCGUGGUCAAUGAGUACCGGCUGGUGGAUCUGCCUUCUGUCACCUCUAUGGCCAUGGUGCAGGAAGCCUCUCGCCACCCCUUCCCAACUGUGGAUGUACCUGACCAUGUCCAUUACACUAUAGGGGUAGUCAUUCUGGCUAUCGGCAUCACCGGCAUGGUGGGCAACUUCCUGGUUAUCUAUGCCUUCAGCAGGAGCAGGUCACUGAGGACUCCGGCCAACAUGUUCAUCAUUAACCUGGCCAUUACUGAUCUCCUGAUGUGCCUCACACAGGCACCCAUCUUCUUCACCACCUCCAUGCAUAAAAGAUGGAUCUUCGGGGAGAAAGGCUGUGAGCUAUAUGCGUUCUGUGGGGCUUUAUUUGGGAUCUGCUCUAUGAUCACUCUGAUGGUGAUAGCAGUGGACCGCUACUUUGUGAUUACACGUCCACUGGCCUCCAUCGGGGUGCUGUCCAAGAAACGAGCCCAGCUCAUCCUCUUGGCUGCCUGGGUCUACUCAUUGGGAUGGAGCCUGCCCCCUUUCUUUGGCUGGAGCGCCUAUGUUCCAGAGGGCCUGUUGACCUCCUGUUCAUGGGACUAUGUGACCUUUACCCCAUCAGUGCGUGCCUACACCAUGCUGCUCUUCACCUUUGUCUUCUUCAUCCCCCUCAUCGUCAUCAUGUACUGCUACUUCUUCAUCUUCAGAGCCAUACGUACAACUAACAGGGCUGUAACCAAGAUCAAUUGCAAUGGGAGCACCAGAGACUCAAUUAAGAGUUUCCGUCGGCUGAAGAAUGAGUGGAAGAUGGCUAAGAUUGCUCUGAUAGUCAUCCUCCUCUAUGUAAUAUCUUGGUCCCCAUACUCUGUUGUGGCCCUGACUGCAUUUGCAGGGUGA